AUGCAGUAUUUUCUGUCACCUUUUGCAGACUACGUUCAUCGCAUCGGACGUACAGGACGUGCAGGCAAAUCGGGCAUAGCUGUCACCUUUCUCACGAAAGAUGACACAGCGGUUUACUACGACCUCAAACAACUGCUACUCACCUCACCGGUGUCCACUUGUCCACCGGAAUUGGCCAACCAUCCCGACGCACAAACAAAACCAGGCACCUUUGCAGCAAAGAAGCGGAGGAACGAUGAAACCGUCUACAUUGCUUGA